AUGAGAAACAGAUUGUUAAAGAAAGCUCUUACACAUGAAAGACGCGUCAUCGAAGACCUCAGACACCAAAAGCAGUUGCAGCAAGAGGAGAGGAGGGAAACACUUUCCAUUGUGGCUGCGUCAUCUACUGAUGAACUUACUACCAUGCUUGAUAACAAAAAGGAAGUAAAGAAAUACCAGAGUCGAUCAUUUUCCAUCGGCACCUCAAGGUCAGCAGAGAGACUUUUGGAACUCUUAAAAGAUCCUGAUUACGUGAACACUGGUACAGGCAACAGAGCAGAACAGAACUCGUCUGCCACAUUUUCAGAACCAGCUACUGUUCCCAGUGUCAUAUCCAACGUGUCAGCCUGUGAGCGUGGUCACAGCACUUCAAGCUCCUGUAGGGACAAUAUCACAAAGUCAGGAGACCACACCCAUCCAAGUAAGGUUUCAUUUGCAAUGACCAAACCGUUAAUUUUCAUCAGCCCUCCAAAGGAAAACACUGAGUCGACUCCCAACGAGGAUUGGCCUCAGGAUGAAGAAACAAAGAAAAUAGUCGAUGAAACUGAAUUUACUAAGUCAAAACAUACUCCAGCGAUACUUCAUCAGGUCCAAGCGUUUGAACAAGGAACACUAAACACCAGCGACGAAGAAGAAAAUGAUAAAAACAAACUAAUGAGAAACGAACCCAGAAAGCUGAGACACAUUUCACUCAACGCCACUGCAUCACAGAAAAUGAAAACUUCCGAAGAGCGACGAAGACGAGAAAAUGAGAUCCGACCUUUAGGCGGGGUGAUCAAGGUGGGUUUUAGGGUGCUACCCAGUCAGAGGUGGAUUCCUUUACUGCGUUAAUAUGAAAGGGGGUACGGUGCUGAUACAAUCACAUUGGCCACGCUUAAAGAAACCUAUAUCCUUCCAAAUCGUUAGUUAAGAGGCUGCGGUUCCCAGAGACGAUAUCAGACAUUACUUAGCUAAGGGAAUCAAACCGAAAUGGAAAAUUCUUAAAAUAUGUUUACGUUUAGUGGCACACACUCACAGUUAUGGAGUGAUGAUGAUGUGCUUGUAUACGUGAAUUCAUAAACCAAAUUCAGGCCCACUUUAUAUGAUAUUU